GAGCCAAUCUUCAUAUUUCUCCUUCUCAUCAGUUUCGAUCAACAACUUUCAUCAUCUCAUUGCAACCUUAGAGCUUAAAAAACAAUUCACUUGACUCCAGAACCAAAAGGAAAAAAAAACCUUCUCUGCCUUCAACGCAUUUUCGAACAUCAUCGCCAAAAUGCAACUCAUUAAUAUCAUCAUCCUAUCUCUGGGCCUCAGUGCCUCCGCCAUUCCUGUUCCUGGCGAUGACCACUCCGUCUCGCACAAUGGCGGAAACAAGGGUGGCAAGAACGAUAACUAUGGCGAUCAUGGUAAAAAUGGAGACUACGGCCAUGACAAUGACCGUGGCAACAACGGCAAUCAUGGCAAAAAUGGAGGUAACAAAGGUUAUGGUGGAGUAUCUCAUUCAUACAGAGACGAUAAAUACGACAAUUAUGGAUGGAAUAAGGGCUAUGGUGGAGAUAAUAAGGGUUAUGGCGGAGACUACAAGAACGACGAUUACGGCAACUCACAUGGAUAUGGUGGAGUCUCCAACUCAUAUGGAGAUAACAAGAACGACAAUCAUGGAUAUGGAGGAGGAUAUGGAGGUGGAUCCAUUCACCGAAGAGGCAGCAGAGAUGGCAAGCAUGAUAAUGGCGAUAGACAUGGCAAGGGCAACAAGCAUGAUAACGACAAGUACGACAACGACAAAUACGGUAGCGGAAGACAUGGUGAUGAUAAGCACGACGACCACAAGCACGGUAGUGGAAAACGUGAUAACCACAAAAAUGGCAAGGGAAACAAGCAUGAUGGCGAAAAGCAUAACGAUGACAAGUAUGACAACGACAAACACGGUGGUGGAAAACAUGACGAUGAUAAAUACGAUGAUCACAAGCAUGGUGGCGGAAAACAUGAUGAUGAUAAACACGACGACCACAAGCACGGUAGUGGAAAACGUGGCAACGACAAACAUGGCAAGGGAAACAAGCAUGAUGGCGGAAAGCACAACGAUGAUAAGUAUGACAACGACAAGCAUGAUAAUGACAAGCACGGUAGCGGAAGAUAUGGUGAUGAUAAGCACGACGAUUACAAGCACGGCAGUGGAAAACGGGAUAACGAUAAGCAUGACGACAACAAGCAUGACGACAACAAGCAUGACGACAACAAGCACGACAACAAGCACGACGACAAGCACGACGACGAUAAACAUGACCACAACAACAACAACAACAACAACAACUACGGAUGGAACAAAGGCAACAACGGCGGCUAUUCCUCCUGGUAAACACACCACCACCGACACACACCUCUCAGCUAGACAGCUAGACAGCACAACACAAACCAACAAGAGCCAGAGAGAAGAUGCAGCUUCUAGUCUAGCAGCCACACCAACCCAGAGACGGAGGAGGAUCUCGCACCCCAUUUGAAUUAUUCCUGAUGUCAUCACGAUCCUCGCUCCUUCCACACACGAUCAUUUUCGCUUUUCAUUUCUUUUCCUUACCUUUCACUCCACGUCAGACAAAAGAUUGUUUUCUCGCUCGAGCUUGGAAAGAUAUAUUCCGACUGUCCUUAUCAUAGUUUUACUUUUAGAUGCAAGCCAAAUAAGA